CGUCCGGAGGAGACCAGCAGCAGAAAGCCGACCUGAGUGCGAUAUGAACGGUUCUCAGCUCACGGAGCUUCCGGACGACUCAGAGCAGCUGAGGCCGCAUGUGGUGAGCCUGAGGCGGGCAGCCCUGCAGGCCGAUGAUCUGUCCGCUGUGGGAACGUUUUCCGACGGCUUCCUCAUCAGAUUUCUCCGCGCCAGAGACUUCGACCUGACGCUCUCUCUGAAGCUCUUGCUGAACUACCUGCACUGGAGGAGGGAGAGUCCUGAGAUCAGCACAUGCCUGUCUCCUUCAUCUGUCUUUGGUCUCCUCAAGACAUCAUACCAUGCUGUUCUCCCACAGCGGGACCACGUUGGCAGCAGGGUGCUCAUCUACAGGAUUGGGCAAUGGAACCCAAAAGAUUGGUCAGCCUUCCAGGUGUUCAGGGUCAGCCUGAUGACAUCAGAAAUCAUCUCCAGGGAGACAGAGACACAGAGGCGAGGUUUGAAGGUGAUAUUUGAUCUGAAGGGGUGGAGUUUGGGCCAUGCCCUGCAGAUUAACCCUUCCCUCGCCAGGAAGAUAUCCUGUGUGCUUUCGGACUCUUUUCCACUAAAAGUGAGAGGAAUUCAUUUGGUUAAUGAGCCGAUAUUCUUCCGUCCAGUCUUCUCUAUGAUCCGUCCCUUUCUACCAGAUAAGAUCAAGCAGAGGGUUCAUAUGCAUGGUACAGACUAUCACCAUACUUUAAGUGACCUCUUCUCACCAGAUGUUCUCCCUCCAGAGUAUGGAGGAGAGGGUUUGGGAAUAGAAGAAGUCUGUCAGGCUUGGACCCAGGAACUGUUUCAAUCCGAGAACCUCUUGAAACAGAUUGCUUCCCACCCAACAGGAGACAUUUCCACAAAUCCUGGAGACGCUUUGAUCUCAGAGGAAAAUGAGACAAUGACUCUCACCGAAGGCUGAUGGAAGAGUUGUUGGCUGGGUGACAUCAUGACUAAAGUCAGAGCUGCUUUCUACCUUUCAGGACCAAAUCAUCGGAGUGAUGGUGUGUUGUUAGUGAAGUUUUCUUUUGAAUUAACAGUCUUUCUUGUUACAUUUUUAGUUUAAAUUCUGAUCAAGAGGAUGAAGUUGCAACAAAAUUACUUAGAUAAACAUCAACCAGAAGAUGUUGAUGUCAGGAUUAUGUCUGAACAGGCUGGGAUUAAUCUGAGGUCCAGAAAGUAAAGCUACUAUUUCUGAUUCUCAUUUGAUGCACUAAUAAAGUAUUCAGGUUUCUACACCUGGUUGACUUUGAACCAGACAGUUAUGGAAGCCUCAAAUGCUGAACACUGUUCAGUUUGUCAUACCUGGAGGGAACUUGGUAGUGGGAUACAGUCUGCCUCAAUCUUAAAUGUUAAUAACAAUUGAUUUCUCUCCAAGUCACUUUCUAAUGCAAAUGUGACAUGUUAAAAGAACCGAACAUAUUCUGUUAAAAUGUUAAAAGAACAGAAUGUCAUUUUGUUCUUGAAAAUCUAGGGAAGAGAACAAAUUUCUCUGUUCUUGAAUAGCAUGUAUUGGCCCUGCUCUCAUAUGCUGUUAGCUUGAACUUAUGAAAAAAUAGAAACUUUCCUCAGAUGUUAACAGACAGAAUCUUUCCACCAAAUUUAAGUUUUUAAUUGCCGUUUCAGUCCGAGCUACUAAUAUGAGUCUGUGAUAUGAAGGUGUGAGCUUUAAGCCUGGCACCUGGUUAUCUAAAUUUAAAACUUAUUUUCAAAUAAGAUUGGAAAUUGUUGUCCAAUUAUAUAGCAGAGUUGGCUAACAAAGACUAACAAAGACUGCGUUUACUAGGACGCCUCCAGCACUUUUAAAUUCUUUUUGUGGUAUAAGUGAUGAUAAGUUUAAAAUGGAAAUAAGAAAAUAAGACACUUUAUUUAGAACUGUUGUGAGCCUGUUGUGACUGGGUAACCAUCAGCCACUAAUAAUGUUAAUUAGCUGUAGCUGCUCAAAACAGAGACCCGGAUGCAAAAGGCCAGUGAAAGCACAAAUGGAAAUAAAAAACAGAACAAAUAUUGCAAUAUUUAUCAAUAAUAUUGCAAAGUCGAUAUUAUAUGUUUUUAUGAUUCAUCCCUAAAAGUGACUCUUUAAAACACAAUUUGAAAUUAUGGAAUCCCCUAUUUUUUUAUACUUAGAACACCAUAGAAAUAAAAUAAAACUCUAGAAAAGUCUGGACUAUUAUUUCACACUUAUUACACAUUCUUCAAGUUAGGUUCCUGAUUUGUGAAAAUCUUACAAUAGUUGGGAGAAAAGGUUCUUUCUUUUUCCCUAGGAUGUAUGUUUGGUUUUUUUGUUUGUUUGUUUGUUGUUGUGAACCCAAUAUCACAUGUUGUCUCAAGAGCUUGAUUUAUCAUCACACACUGAAUACUAAUGCAAAAUGAAGACAUUGAACGAGUUAGGCAAAGCAGGUAAGAUGUUUCCUGUUGAUAACGUCACAAAAGAACCACGUUCAUUCAUUCCGAUGUGGGUUCUCCACAUUUUUUGGACCAAUCUCUAAAAACAGAGGCCUGCUCAGUCCUUUGCUACAGCCAAGCUUUAAAGGCAGGAGUCAUAACAUUUUACUGCUCCACUCAUAUAAUCAAACUCGUUAAACUCACAUUCCUACUGUUUGUAGAACAUCUUAAUAAUGUGUUCAUUUUAAUUCAAUCACAUUCUGUACGUACAAUUUGAACAACUUUUCCAAAAAACCUGACUGUCUCUACUCUUCAUACUUAUGAAUUAAUUCUGGACUAAUAUCAGUCCUGUAGAAAUGACUAACAUAGAUGUUAAUGUAAUAAUGUGAGUGAGUUGUGUAAUAUGCAGUGUUUCUAUCACUGCUGCAACAGUUUCUGUGAAUACAAUGUAUUUUGAUUAUUAUUAUUGCUUUCAAGAAAUAGAAUGUAUUUAUAAUUAUUUUUAAAGUGCUAAAUUAUGAUUUCUGUUGAGAGUAAUUUAACCUAUAAAGUAUGAUUUAAAAAUGUCAGUAUGUCAUUUUUCAUAUGUGAAACUCGCACAAAAACAAAUCGGCACAAUAAUUGAAUUGCAGGUGAUAAUAAAAUGACCUGAAACAUU